CUGUUCUUCAUCUUCUCUAUCCUGCAACACCAAAGAUACAAAUCUAUCCGAUAUGACCCAAAAGUUGGAAUCGGUAGGUUCCGAGAGAAAGUCAAGCGAAUAUAUGUGGGAUGAUGGAUCCGAACAUGAUGAUGUGACAAAGAUAUAUGUACGAGGUGGUACUAAAGGCAUAGAAUUUAUCAAGUUUGGCUAUGUCAAGGCCGGAGAAUUGUUAGAUGGAUCAUUCCAUGGUUAUUCAGACACAGGUUUCACACAGAUGUUUGAGAUUGAUCAUCGAAAAAAUGAACAUCUUUUAUCUGUCGAGGGUUACUUUGAUUACUAUAACGAUAUAAUGUAUGCGAUUCAAUUCAAAACCAACUUGAAGAUCUCUGAAAUAAUGGGCUAUGAAUAUUCUGGUCACAAGUUUACGCUAGCAAUGGAGGGCAAAAAAAUCAUUGGGUUUCACGGUUUUGCUGAUGUUAACCUCAGAGCUCUUGGAGCAUAUGUUACUUGGAUAACUCCUGCAAGAAUGGAAGCCAAAGGGGGCAAAGGAGGCAAUGAAUGGGAUGAUGGAGGUGACUAUGAGGCUGUAACAAAGAUUCAUGGACGAAGUGAUCAUAAAGGUAUAAAAGACAUCAUAUUCGAUUAUGUUGACAAGGAUGGGCAUCCCAAAAGUGAAACCCAUGGUCCUACCUCGGGUCAGGGUUACGUACUUGAGCCGUUUGAGAUUAACCAUCUCGACAAGGAAUAUCUGAUGUCUAUUGAUGGUUACUAUGAUGAUGCAUCCGGUGUCAUUCAAGCACUGCAAUUCAAAACCAACAUGAAGACUUCGGAACUUAUGGGCUACUAUGACGAUGAUGCUGUGAAGUUUACAAUUGGAUGCACUGUUAAUAAGAUCAUUGGGUUUCAUGGACAUGCUGGCAAGAACCUAUAUUCUCUCGGAGCAUAUUUCACAACACUUCCUCUAACUAAAUUGGAAUACGAAGAUAGUUUUCGUGAAAAGCUUCCUAAGAAUGGUGCUUCAGGUAACCUUUGGGAUGAUGGUAGUUUCCAAGGAGUAAAAAAGGUGCAUAUAUAUUAUGAUGGAUAUAGCGUGCGGUGUGUUCGGUUCGAUUAUGAUGACGACGGCAAAGUCGAAUCCCGUGAGCACGGGCCGAAAAUUGUUGCCGCAGUACAAGAAGGAGGGUUUGUCCUGGACUAUCCAAAUGAGGUUAUUACGUCCGUGGAGGGCAUUGCCACUGUCGUUAAUACUGGACUCAGCUUUAGUACUGGAAAUGUGAUGAUUAAAUCGUUGACUUUCAAAACAUCAAAAGGUAGAACCUCUCCGACAUUUGGUAAUGUGUUUGGUAACUAUCUUUCAGAAUUUAAGCUUGAGAGCCAAGGCUGUGCUAUUGUUGGGUUCCAUGGACGGUCUUCUUAUAAUUCUAUUCAUGGUCUUGGAGCAUAUUUUUUCCCGAUGCCUCCUUCUCAUGAUGGGAAAGCACUGGAAGAACAAGGUGGUGAUGGUGGUUUGGGCGGUGUUUGAUCACGUUCUUGUAGUGAUCUCCUAUAUAUCUUGCACUCUACUAUGUAUUGUUUUGGUUUGUCUUUAUCAAUCUCAUUUUAUGAGACAUGUUUUUCUAAGAAAUAAUAAA